UGAAUGAAUGAGAUUCAAAAGAUUACAAUCAUGCUCAUUGAUUGUUACCUUGAUUGGUUUGUCUCUAAACAUUAAAUUACCUUUAAGAUUAACAGUUUGUGAUCUCAAAAUGUGAUUUCAAUAGCCGCUCACUAAGGCCAACCAUAGGAUUAAAUAAUUUUGUCUUCUCACCAUAAGUAACAGUUCUCAAUACAAUUCAACCUAAGUAAAGAUAACCAACAUUAAACGGAGUUUUUUUUGUUCCAUUGUACUUGUAAUUUAAAUUUUACUAUUUUAUAUUAAUUGUGGUUACUAAUGUGGACGAAUGAUUAAAAAUAGAUGGAGGGUCGAAAAUUAUCCUCGACAGAGGGUUUAAUCAAAGAAAUUGAUUCAUCUAAUUCAUCUACUGCCAAUAACAAUGAUAACAAUAACCAAGAAGCUUUGUCAACUCAUCAUCCUCAUACAAUUUCAUGCCGACCGUUGUCAGAAAGUUCUUCCAUUGCCCAGUUAAGUAUCGCUAGUAGCCUAGCAAAUGACCCUAAUGCUCCUAUGUGUAAAAUUUGUCACUUAAAUGCCAAAGAUCUGGAUCCAUUGAUUACACCAUGUCGCUGUGCUGGCACAAUGAGGUACAUCCAUUGUGGCUGUCUCAUGAGAUGGCUUGAAAUAAGCUCCAAACGAACCAGAAAACCGUUAAGCUGUGAGCUUUGCCAAUACAACUAUCAGUGGCAUAAAAAAUUCAAGGUUCGCCAAUGCCAAUUCCCUCAUUGCUCCAGACGAGACAAGAUUUUGCAUUCAUUGUUUUUCGCCUCGGUUACCAUCAUGAUUGCUUGUGCCAUAAUAACAAUAUUGUGCUUCAAACAUGACAAAGGUCCACAAAUUAAUCCAAAGCAAACUGAAUUGACUGAAACUGAAAUAACCACUCUGGUCUGUGGAGUACUUUUUUUCCUUGCGUUUUUCCUCGCCAUGUAUGUUGAAGUCAAAGCUCGUAAUACUCUCUACAAAUUGUUCCUUAAAUUUAUUUAUCUCAACCAACAAUGGUACAUCGAUGAGUACGAAAAGAAGGAUUCAUUGCCUGUUGAUAUUUGAUUGUACUAUCAUCAUCCUCACCGUCAGAUGCAACAACAUGGCAGAACUAUUGACUUGAUCUAGAAUCUUGAUCAAUGUAAAAACUAUUCACAGGCAAUUAAGGAUUCGAUGCAUAAGUCAAAGUCUUUUGGAUUCCCUAAGCUAUUCCAGCUUAUUUUUGUUGACAAGUUCAAUCACCAAUGACAAGCUCAGUUACUUUAUGAUAAUUAAUUUAAAAGGUGAUCGUCAUUUUUGAUAUUUUUCAACAAAAUUGCCAAAAACAUUUAACGAAAUUGUUCAAUGGUAUUUAAAAUCAAGAAAAAAACUUGACAUUGGUGUUCCUUUUUAUCCAUACUCAUCAAUUUCUCAUGAUAAUGGAACAUUUCCUUCUACAAAUCGCAAUUAUUUAUCCAUUUCACUACAAUUUUUUUCAUCUUUUUGUAAUAAAAUGCUAAUGUAAUUAAUGGUUUUAUCAUCAAAUCUGCAUCAUCAUUGCAACUUAUUAAUAUCAUAUUAUUGUUACA